AUGAGUGCUUCCCGCCACGUCGUCCUACGUCAGCGGCCCCGGAGCGGCGGCGGCGUCGACCUAGGUCACGCCGCUCGUGCCUGUGCGCGUACGACGUGGCUCCUCCCCUUCGCUGUUGAUGCCGAUUUGCAGAUGGAGUCUGCGGAUGUUCUCGAGGAAACCCUAGCCACCGAUUUCGCCCAGAGAGGGGUAUGCUUCAGCUCGUUUCGUUUCUUGGAAAGCCCCUCCCCAUACUUUGCUUCUUUGUCAUACCAUCUAUGCAUUAAUGUUUCUCCAAUGAGGCUACAACCUGAAGAUAUCUACACAUGCUGCAUAAAAGUACAGACACUAUCACAGGAUCAUGGUCAUUUAUCCCAUCCAUAA